AUGCCGUUUAAUAAACAAUACUAUCCUGUAACUGACAUCACCACCAUCAGAGUACCACGACGAAGAUCCAUAGCUCAAGCUGAUCAUAUACCAAUGAAUUUAAUGGCGACAUGGGAGAAUAUAGCGACCUUCUACAUACGAGAUCCAGAUACUCAAUCAACAAAUUCUGAAAUUUUAACAGAACAUAACUCCCGUACCGGUCUAGAUACAAUAUUAGUAAUGUCCUUCGAACAACAACUGUCUACUCCACCACCAGCAUACGACGAACUGUCACUACAUGACUCAAUGGCAAUAGAACAACAGUGUUUGUUACCACCAACAUAUGCUGAUUUUAUCCAAACUACUAAUGAAUCAGAACGAACUAUUUGA